ACUUUGGUCAAUCCAUACAGUUCUAAGUAGUCAUUGCUUCCUCUGUCAAAUUACUGUAUACAGUACAUUGAACUAGCUAGGGGAAAAUUAAUCUACUAACUCUAAUUUGUUUGUUUAAUUCUCUUCUUAUUGCAGCUAGAUUUGCCUAAUUAGCAGAAAAACCAAAAGCUGUGUUCAUACUGUCUUUCUCAAGAUCUAGACCCACCAUAUAGACCGCCUCAACUACAGCUACUCCACAAAUGUAUCCUCCAAGCAACAAUAACUGCAGCCCAAUUUUGUCUUCUUUGAUAUGCCAAAAUAUUCCAUCUUCUCCUUGUAUGCAAUAUGAACACGAACUAUACUUUCAAAGCUUUAAUCAUGAUAACCAAUAUUAUUUUCAACAACAGCAACUAGUUCCCUCGAUAGAUGAUUUGAGUCCUCACAUCUUAGCUGACAGCUGCACCGAGAUUAUUACUAAGCCUUCGAAUUGCAACCACGAACUACAAGGAAUGGAAGAAGGCCGAGGCGAAAAGAAAGGAGAUGAUGAUGUUAUGAGUAGCAGAAUUAGUGGACGGAUCUCAAAAAAUAAUAAGAGAUCUUCCAAUAAAGAUCGACACAGCAAGAUCAACACCGCUCGUGGUCCAAGAGAUCGAAGGAUGAGACUUUCACUUGAUGCUGCUCGCAAGUUUUUCCGUUUGCAGGACUUAUUGGGAUUCGAUAAGGCCAGCAAAACUGUUGAAUGGUUGCUUACUCAAUCGGAUUCUGCAAUUGAAGAGCUUGUUGCCGCUAAAGGCAAUGAUGCACAGGUUGCUCAGCAAACUAGCUGCAAUACCCCCACUACUACUACUGGAAUUGGUGCAAUUUGUGCAUCUAAUUCUAUUUCUGAGUCGUGUGAAGUUAUAUCAGGAACUGAUGAAACUUCCUCUAAUGACAAAAACAAGGAAACCGCUCAAGAUGAGGAGAAGAAGAAAAGGAAGAAGGUGGUUAACACAGCUCGUAGAGCUGUGUUAGAACCUCUUACGAAGGAAUCGAGGAAUCAAGCAAGAGCCAGGGCUAGAGAGAGAACAAAAUCAAAGAAAAUGAGCCAAACUGGAAAAUCCAAAUCCCUAGCUAAUGAUUUGAACCCUUCAGGAUCUCGGAGGCCGGCUAAUAAAACUUGUGAAGAACCUGGAACACAUGAAGAACUCAACUUCCAUCAAGAGAAGAACACUGUCGAUGACUGUAAUUUUAUGGUAAAUGGAAAUUGGAAUCCAUUUACAAUCUUUAGCUAUCAUGAGCAAUACGCUGGAAUUUCCAACGAGCAUCAAUUGGUUACAGACUUGCAAUUUUGUGGAAAGCUAUGGGAAGGCUAGGGCAAGGAAUUUCGAAGCGGACAAAGUUCCUUCUUCAUUUUGUGCUGGAAAUUCAAAGCGGAUAAAGUUCCUUCUUCAUUUUGUGCUUACUCGGCCACAGCAGAAGAACGUUUCCGGCCUGUAUCUGUUGGUAAAUGUAACAUAGAUUUGUUCUUCUUAAGUGUGUGUUUCUUUUGUGAAAGAACUUCUGUGCACAUAGCCUAUGUCUUUUUUCUUCUUUUAUUUGAAUAAAACUACGAUGCAGUUCA